UCUCUGCAAAGCACAAUGGUCCCAGCAGGUCCAACCAAGUCCAGAUUCGAGUUAACUCCAUCGUCACCCCGUUCGUUCUAGAGAGCAUCCUAUCGAUACCCUGAUCAGCUAGACCGGCCCUCCCCGCCGAGCUGAAGCGGUCACUCAUACUCUUCCUGGAAUUUCCCAGCCUAACAGUAGUCAAGAUGCUGACGACCGCCAACUGGCUCGGCCAAAAGUACAGCCAGCUGAACAAGGCUGGACAGGUUGCGUCGGUAGCUGGUACUGUCCAGGUACUCGCUGAGAAGCUGAAAAGCGGCAGCAGCAACAACAGAAGUGCCACAGAAGAAGCAGCAUCAACCACCGCGGAGGAUCGUCGUGCCGCAAUCCUCAGCUUAAAAGGCAUCAGUCGUGACCAUCCCAAGCAGGUCGCCGACCAUGCGCUCGGACCCAUCCUUGACGUCCUCAUAGACGAGGCGGCAAAGCCUCCAGGUCAGGCGGACGAAGAGUGUAUGAGAGCGCUGGUGGAGAUGUGUAUCACUUUGUGUGAUGCCAUGCCUGCGUCCAGCGAAGCUGUAGCCGCCAAGCCGAGGACACGUCAACAACCAUCACACAGCCUGCAAUCUUCCGACAUCUUCCUCGAGAAACCCGAGCCAUUGCAAGCGCUGCUCCCCCUCUUAUCCUCCAAGCGCGCAUUCUAUACUCGCUUCGCCUCUCUGCAACUCCUUGGGACGCUCCUGCGCAACCGGGCCUCGCGUGUGCAGGAGCACGUGCUCGUAGCCCCUGGCGGCUGCGGCGCCAUCCUCGAGUGCAUCGCCGAAAGUACAUCCGGACCCGGCGGCAUGUCCGGGAGCAGCUCCGGCGCGCGUUCCGGCAGCAGCGCCGAGAUCAUCCGCAACGAGGCGCUCCUGCUCCUUCCGCACCUCGUACAUGGCAACCCGGACAUCCAGAAGCUCGUCGCGUUCGAAGGCGCGUUUGAGAAACUGCUCGACGUCGUCGCACAGGAGGGGCGCAUCGAGGGUGGCGUCGUGGUGCAGGACGCACUCGAGGGCCUGGAGGCGCUGCUCAGGUACAACGUAUCGAAUCAGAAUUACUUUCGCGAGACCAUGUCCGUGCCUAUGCUCGCGCCGCUCCUCUUCUUUCCACCCCCGCCGCCACCGUUAUACCACGGAGACGCACCGAGUCGACAAGCGGAGCAGGAACACGCGCCUCAGCUCGAAGGCUUCGCGUUCCAGGAAUGGGACGAGCAAAAGGUGCUCAACGCGAGGUUGGUCAUUGGGAUCGCUGGACUACUCGUGUCCGGGCAGGGAGACGGCAAGAGGAACAACCAGAAUGCUCUGCUGCAGAGCGGCAUGACGAGAUGUCUCGUCGAGCUGGCACUCGCCAGCACCGCACCGGUCCUCCUCAAGUCGCAGGCGCUGCACGUACUCAGUUCAAUGCUCAGCGCGUCUCGCACAACGCAAGAGAUGUUUUCCAACCUCCUCGUCUGCCCGAUUCUCGCAUUGGAGCAGUCUACCGACGCACGACCGCCACACCUGACGCCACAAGGGGAUGCAGAUGCACAUUUGGAGAAUGGGCAGCACGCAGGAGCAGCGGCAGCGGGAUUUGUUGUGUCACCUGCCGAAGACGCAGCAGGAGCGCCGGCACCCCCAAUACCCGCGCCAGCACUGACGUACACGCGCUUGCCUGCCAGGCCGGCGGUCUUGACGCUGAUCGGCACCGCAUUAAGUGGGCCCUCGAUGCUCGAAGCGGGAUACGCUCAUGCUCAGCUCGGUAUGCGCACAGCGGCGCUCAGCGCGUUUGAGAGUCUCGUCGCGGACAAUGUCGACGCGCGUCUGGCUAUCAUCGGGAGCAUGAUGCCUGCCGCGGGCGAGUCCGACGCAGAUCUUCCCGUCACUGCUGGGGGCUUGCUGCUGGAUGCGUUCAAGGCCUUGCCGUCGAGCUCCGAGGUCGUUGCGGACACAGAGGGGGAGGGCAAAAGGUUCGACCCGUACAAAUAUCUUAUCGCUUCGAUGCUGUUCACGAGUCUCGUCAAGGGGAGUGAGAGCGCCAAGAAGCUUGCUCGUAACAUCGCGUUCGACCACGAAGGUCGCGUCUCGUCUCGCGACCUAAAGGAAGGCGAGGACCCAGACGAGGACGAUCCGCGCAGCUCGCUCAUCCAGACCAUCAUGGGCAACUUUACGCAGGCGAUACGCGAGCAAGCCGACGCUAUUCGCAAAGACCGCAGUGCCACGGCCGCAGGCGGUCUCGCAUCCGGCUUGUCGCUCGCUGCAGGCUGGACGCGCGUCCUGGUUGGCUACCUGGUCUGCCUCGGCAGCUGGCUCUGGGACUCGCCGGCGUCUGUGCGCGACUUCCUCUUCGAGUCGGCCAACAUGCAGGUGCUGAUCCAACCCGUGGCACAGUCGUCCGGCAUCGACCCUCUCAUUCAGAGCCUCAGCACCUUCGUCCUUGGUGUCCUGUACGAGUUCAACACCGAACCAGGCGAGUUGAAGCGCGAGACUAUGCAUCCCAUCUUGCACUCGCGCAUCGGCGCGGACAACUUUGGCGUGCGCUUGCUCCGCCUGCGCGACGAUCCUCGCUUUCGUGCCGUCGGGCCCGAUGUUCUCGAGCGCGUUGGGGACGCCCCAGAGGCGACUGCAGAGAACCAGCAAGAUGGUCUUUGGCUCAAUUGGGGCUUUGUCGAAUUUUGGAAAAACAACUUUUUGCUUGUCCAGAAGAGUAUCCUCGUUGAGCCAAGCUCGACUUCUGCGAGCUCGGCAACCGCAAGCACAGAGUUGCUGGACGCACGAAGGCAACUCGAUACCCUGCGCGAUCAAGUUGCGAAUCGGACACGGGAGGUCCAGCACCUUGCACAGAACCUCGAGCAGACGCAAAAGGAGAAAGAGGAGCAGCGAGCCAAAUAUGAAACUGAGAUUGCCGCCGCCGCGGCUGCAUCACAAGCGAGCGCAGACAGUCUGACGGCCCUGCAGGCUGAGCUGUCCGCCGCACACAACGGGCAUGAAGUAGCAUUGUCCGAGGCGAACAAGUCGCGGGAGGCGCUGAACGCUGAACUGGAUGCCGUGCGCGAGAUGCUCAGUGCGGCAGAGAGCAAGAACUCUGAGCUGGAGAAGUGGGCGAACGAGGCGGAAGAGGCGAUGCGCAGACUCAAGGAGAAGGUUGCGGCGCAGGCGCAGAUGGACAUGCAGGGCGGUGCAGAGAAGGAGAAGGAGGAGAGAGCCAAGAUGGACGCGCUGGAAGAGCAAAUUAAGGAAUUGAAGCGCAAACUCGAGGAGGGGCAAGCGUGUGUACAGGCCGUGGAGAAGGAGGCGAGUGCCAAUAUCGAGGCGCUGGAGGAGCAAAUCAAGGAAUUGAAGCGCAAAGUUGAGGAGGGACAAGCGCGCGUGCAGGCCGUGGAGAAGGAAAAGGACGAGGUUGUGCAGCGAGCUAAGGAGGAAGCUGCCUUGGCAGCAUCCGCUGGAAUGGAGGAGAACAAGGCCGCCGCGGUUGACGAGAGUCCAAGCGUUGAUGUCCGACGACUGCAAGAGCUGGAGAAGGAGAACGAAGACUUGCUUGUUUUGCUUGAAGAGCUCAGCACCAAGCGCAAGGUGGAUAAGGCGAGAAUGCGCGAGAACGAUCUUGAAGUCAGCGAUGACGACGAUGACGAUGAUGACGAUGACGACCAGGAGGGGUAGCACCAGCCAGCAUACAAAGCUCCCCGCCCACUUUUCUCUCACUCUGUCUCUGUAAUCUGGAGAAGGCUCGAACCUCUUUCGAGAGACGCGUGCACAUUUCCUUCUUAUCCGU